AUGUUGGGUGCAGUAUCUGGGUCUGUGCAAGCUUCAGAUAGACUUAUGAAAGAGCUCAGGGACAUAUACAGAUCACAGAGUUAUAAAGCAGGGAUUUAUUCAGUGGAACUGAUAAAUGACAGUUUAUAUGACUGGCAUGUUAAACUGCAGAAGGUUGAUCCUGAUAGUCCUUUGCACAGUGAUCUUCAGAUCUUAAAAGAAAAAGAAGGCAUAGAAUAUAUUUUGCUUAACUUCUCUUUUAAGGAUAACUUUCCAUUUGAUCCUCCGUUUGUUCGAGUGGUGUUACCUGUUCUCUCAGGAGGGUAUGUGUUGGGCGGUGGAGCACUAUGUAUGGAACUUCUCACAAAACAGGGCUGGAGCAGUGCCUACUCAAUAGAGUCAGUUAUCAUGCAAAUCAAUGCCACGUUAGUCAAAGGCAAAGCCAGAGUGCAGUUUGGAGCAAAUAAGAAUCAAUAUAAUCUAGCAAGAGCCCAACAAUCCUAUAAUUCCAUUGUACAGAUACAUGAGAAAAAUGGCUGGUACACCCCUCCAAAGGAAGAUGGCUAAAUAUGUUGACUGCCGUAUGUUUGGACCAAUGUUGCUUUAAAGAAAAUCUUUCCAACAUGCAGACACAAGCUUUGAGUGCCCCUAUAACAGCAGUACCGAAGACGUUAGCUAAUAGAUAUUUUAGUGGAUAAUCUGUCAAUUGACAUCCAGUAUGAGUUACAGCCUUUUCAUUUUGCUCAUUUACAUAUCUUGGACUGAGCAGUGGGGCCUUUACUGUAUUUUUUGUGAUAAAUACACUUACUGGCCACUCAUGAUCUCUUUUUCUUGAAAAAUCUGUCAAGCAGACAGGUCAGCAUCAGGUUACAGAAGUUGCAACUCUGGUAACUUUCCCAUAUUGAGCUCAUGUGUUAUGAAGACUUGCAAUAUACUGUUCCAUUUAGAGCCAAUAAAAGUUUAAUUGAUGUUUAAUACUGGUUUAGAAAAUUUAAGGUCUUCUAAAUAACAGUAGCUUUUUCAAGUUAAAACCAUUUUUUGAUAUUGCCAAAAUAAUGACAGGAAGCCUACUUAUUAAAUUGUUAAACUUUUUUAUGGCUAGGUGAAGAUACGAAUUGUUUCCCGAAGAUAUGCUCUUAAUUGAGUUGUAUUGUACUUUUUAGGCAAAGCAAAGCAAGGCUGUGUAAAUUAAGUAGUAAUUUCCACUGGGGCAUCAGAGUCUUGCUGGGCUGAAUCUGCUUCUUGUUGGUUCAGUAUUUCAUAUGAAGAACUGCAGUAUAGAGCUUGAAGUUAUUUAAAAUACUAAAUCAUUUUUAUUUUACGUUUCCAUUUUAUUAACGGGAUGUUGCAAUCAUUUUUAAACUAAUAAACUUGUAAAGUGAUUGGCA